CCCACCUCUCUUCCCCCCACCACCAUCUCCCUCGUAUUUUUCCUUUCUCCUCGCUGUCGCUUCCUUCGCUCUGCCCUAUCCUCGCUCAAUCCCCAUCGCCCAUUGCUUUUCGCUCUUAUCGACUCGCUCCUCUUUUUUUUUGUGAUUCAGGCCUGCAUCGUUGCCUGCUGCUGCCCAUUUCUCUCAAUUCACCGCAUACAAUCAGAAAAAAAAACAGAAUAAGCUACUACGAACUUCGAGCAUAUAAUCAGCUCCAUCGAUCGUCACGUCCGUCCGCCCCAUCCACGACUUCACAUCAGCACUCCCGCCCGUCCGCCGAGAUGUCGCGCGCCGAUAUGCAGGACUACGACUACCCUCCCGGGCUCAACAUGGCUCGCCCCAAUGGCUACGCCGACACCGAGCCGAAUCAGGCCGGCUCGCUAACCGGAUACGGCCUAUCCGACCGCGCACUCCCUUCGGGCACGCAUUACUCGUCUCUCGGCGCACUCAGUCUUUCACCAACUCACUCCAAUAUGUCCCGCUCCGCCGCCAUUCACGACCGCGAUUACAAUCUCGGAGAUGGCUGGGCAUCCGUCCCAAGCACAAACAGACACCAAACAGCGCUCGGGUCCCCCACGCCACUCUCCCAGCAGUUCAACCACCAGCUCCCUCUCCAUCUCUCCUCCAACACCGCCUCUUCCCCUCCUCACUCUCUCCAGAACAUCGGCUUGGGCUCAGCCGCCAGCGGUCCUUUUUCUCCCUCCUACAAAGAACGCGACUCUUUUAGCUCCUCGAACAGGCACUCUCAGUCCACCCCUAACCAGCCCACCUUCACGCACGCUCCCCUACCCGCCAACCCUCUCACCUCAGCUUCUUCUGCGUCGCGCACGACUCUCUGGUGGGGCGAACUUGAACCUUGGAUGGACGAAGAAUACGCAAAGCAAGUCUGUGGUCUGAUGAACUGGGAUCCCCUCAGCAUCAAGGUCCCUCAUCCCGCUCCCGACCCCGUCACUGGUCAACAAGCAAACAAUCCAGGCUAUUGCUUCCUCACAUUCUCCACCCAGGGCCAAGCCUCGUCUGUUCUCAAUCAGAUUAACACCACCAACAGCGGGACCCCCAUCACUAUGCCCAACUCGACGAAACCCUUUCUUCUCAACUGGGCGUCAUCCACCCCCAUCCCGCCGUCUUUGUCACCGCCGGGAGGUGUCUCGGCUCAGCAGCAGCAGUACCCCAAGGAGUACAGCAUCUUCGUUGGCGACUUGGCUCCCGAGGCGUCUAACUCCGACCUCGUCGCUGUCUUCCGCAACCCAGUCCUCGGCCUUCGCAAUGACCGCGAGCCCAAGUUCAUCAGGCCCUUCCUGAGUUGUAAGAGCGCGAAGAUCAUGCUCGAUCCUGUCACUGGCGUGUCUCGCGGUUAUGGAUUCGUUCGUUUCACCGAUGAGGCUGAUCAGCAACGUGCCCUGAUCGAGAUGCAUGGCCUCUAUUGUCUGUCCCGACCUAUGCGCAUCUCCCCCGCCACUGCCAAGUACAAGCCUCCCCCCUCGCUCGACCUUCCCCAAGUUCAGAUCCCUGGCUUGUCGACUGGUAUGGACGGACAACCCAUCACCGUUGCGAUACCUAUGCCCGCCAACGGGACGAGUAAGAGCGUGUCCUCUCCUGUCGCGGCUCCUCAGGCCGCCUCAGCCAACUCUACUGGGUCGAUGCACGGCUCUGGUAACGGUUCCGGAUCCUCGAUGUCACUUCCGUCCUCCAGUGCAUCCGCAACCACGCUCGUCUCGAACUCUGCAGACGACCUAGCCCACAUCCCGCCGAACGUUCUCUCGCAGCUCGCUCAGUACGCUAACGGAAACACCAAGAGCGUGGCCAGCUCCACUCCCUCUAUCACCUCUGCUUUCGCUGGGGGUCAAGAUCCAAACGCUUCCAAGUUCAAUGUCACUGAGGAGUCGUGGAAGCAUCAGCAGCAGGCGCGUGCGAUCUUGGGGAACCUUAUUGGGCCGAAUGGCGAGCAGCUCACUUCUACGGAUCCGUACAACACUACGGUCUUCGUCGGCGGUUUGUCUCCUCUCAUCUCGGAGGAGACUUUGAGGACGUUCUUCGCUCCCUUUGGAGAGAUUCAUUACGUCAAGGUCCCUGUCGGCAAGCACUGCGGUUUCGUGCAGUUCGUUCGCAAGGCUGACGCUGAGCGAGCCAUCGAGAAGAUGCAAGGCUUCCCUAUCGGUGGGAGUAGGAUCAGAUUGAGCUGGGGUAGAAGUCAAUAUAAGGCUGCACAGGCGGCCGCGCAAGCCGCCCAGACUGCCGCCCUCCAGGCUCACCUUCAAAGUCAAGCUCCUCCCUCGUCUGGCCAGACCAUCACCGCCGAACAAGCUCUUCAAAUCCUCCAGAAGUUUGGCCUGACGAGUUUCCUCAGCCCCGCUGGCGGUGAGGCCGGUGGUGUGAACGAUGGCAUGAACGGUGGCAACGACUCCAACGAGAUCAGGGCGUUGAGCGAGAGUGAGCUUCAAGACCUUCUGAUGGUCCACCGCGGAAGUAUUGACAGGACGGAACCCGCCCCGUACGAAGGCUUCAUUCCCAGCACCUACCUAGCUCAGAACGGCCAGCCUGCGUCGGUCGAACCCCGCAGCCUUCACGACCACCGCUCCAGUAUACCAAGCUUGCCGUCGUCAUUCUCCCCUUUCUCCCCCGACCCGAACAGCUUCCAGGAGACCAGGGCCCGCGCUGACUCUCAGCCUCUGAAGUCUGAGAUGCUCCCUCAUCCUUCGAGGAGCUACGCCCCUGGCUUCGGACCUCAAGAUGUCAACGGGAUGAAUAAAAACGGUGUGGGAGCCGAAAGGAAGACUUCGCCCACGGGCACUGGCAGGCCUGCCAACACGUCUGCUUCGCAGCGUUUCGGGUCGUUCCUCGAGCAGAGUGGCCCUACCUACGGGUCUACUAGGACGACCGGCAGUGGCGUCAUCUCUCGCCCGCCGUCAUCGACCAUCCCGAGGCAGACUUCGCCUCCCGUCCGCGACUCGCGCGGCGGAGAAUACUUCGAGCACGAUGCUAUUCACGACCUCAACGGGACUCUCGCGAGCCUGGACUUGAACGAGCACGCGUCCUGGAGGCACGCUGGUGAGAACGGACAGGUCCACGGGGGAGCCUGAACCUGGUCAUGAUUACGACUAGACAUAACACAAAUAACACGAGUAUUUUCUUUUCUGCGUUGAAGCUUUCUUUCACUGUCUCAUUGACCUCGCUUUGAAGUUUUGUUUGCUUUGGAAUAAACUAUCAUAGUAACGUCCGCCGGCUCCCUCUUCCUCCCGUCCCUUCUGUCACUUUGUUUGUUUGGCUAUUCCUGUUUGGCAGCAGUCUAUGUUUCUCCUCCGCGUUUCCCAUUUCCCGCUUCGCUUGUCGCAUGCAUCAGUCUGUUCGUUGUUUUGGCAUCGGGGUUGAUUGACGACCGCUUUGCUCGUCCCCGUCUUUCUCGGGCGGUGGCGCAGUACUGUGGGAUUGUUCUUCCCCCGCAUGUUUACUAUCGUUUGUUGUACCCAUGUUUAAACCUCCAUCAUGACGCUCGUGCUGCAACUUCAUCGAAUCUUCGACGUUCUCCUCCUAUCCAAUUAUCACUUUGUCUUUUCUCCUCUCCGUACCAGUUCUAGUUCAAGUUACUACAUUCCAGUCUCGUUGGUCGUCUGCUGUCCCUCCUAUGUCUCUUACCCAGUUUCCAAAGUUCUGUUUUCUCUCGAUAUUCCACUUUUUUUGUGUCUCGCUCGCUCUAUGGUUUCCCAAAUGUUCAAGUUUUAGUCUGUCAGUUCUCGCGAUCCCCGCUACUCCAUGUCUCUCUUCUCUCUCUUUUUCUCUCCUUCGCUCAACUCAGCCUAUAACUCGUCCUCAUCCAGAAACUCAGAGUCAAGUCCGAAAUAUCACCUUUGUCGUCGGUUUACCGCUUUUGUCUUCGUUUUAUCAUUGACAGUUCUGUUCAGCUCAGCUCAGCUCAGUUUAGUAUUAGUACAAGUACACAGUUGCUAGGCACGUAAGUAGCAGAAAGACUCUGCGUUGCCCGUCCGCUUUUUCCCCCUUCGAACUCUUUACUUUGUUCGCUAUCGUGGCGUUUUGCCUUGUCGUCGUCGUUGUACCUCGUUUUCGAGAGAUUCUGUGUGUGUGUUUUCC